GAACAAUGAGUAACGGAGAGAUGUCGGAUGAGACUGUAGAAGUGAAGAGGAAAAGGGUAGAAGAAUGCAUGACGUGCCCUCUUUGUCAGCUGGUUAUGGAAGAAGCUACUGCAAUAUCCACCUGCCUUCAUACAUGGUUUUUUCUUUUCGGUCAAGAGAAAAAAUAGUUGGAAUGUGUCUAUGCAUCGUAUUUUAUUUCAUUUCUAAGAAAACAUGUCAUACGGAAGAAAUGGUAGUUAGUAUGUUUUCAUGUAAUAACCGGGUGGUUGUUGGUGGAUACAGAGUUUGCUUCACCAUAAAUUUGCUUAUAAAAAAUUUGGUCUCUUUAUUUUGAUGAUUAUGAUCAAUAAUAUUGACUUGUUUUGAACAGUAGGAUAAUGUAUAAUUUUGGAGAGUUAUGAAGCAGCUUUGUUAGUAGCUAACUAUGACACUACGCUUGAAAAUUCUGACCAAACUUCAAUAUUUAUUUAAAGAAAAGAAAGGGGGUUCAAAGUAGCCUAAAUUGAUCUGAUAUAGAGUUUGAGUUCUUGUUCCUUUAAAUACUGUUUGGUCUUAGUAUUGUGCUUGCUUUCUUUGUGAAAGAAGAAAGAAAGCAAGAUUCAGUGUUGUGGGGACUAUAAAGGCUAACUGGAUUCAGGUUUGUUAAAUAGUUUUGACAAAAACAAAUUUUCAGGUUAAUUUUUGCUCAUAUUUUCUGAGUUUUAUGGGACCAGAAUUUCUAACUGUUGUAAACGUGGAUUCAAAACCAGUUUGUAGAACGUGCAUAUAUGAGAAGCUCUCAGGCGGGGAGGCCAACUGCUGUCCUGUAUGCAACAUUAAUUUGGGCAGUUUUCCCUUAGAGAAACUCAGGCAAGAUCGCAUUUUGCAAGAUUUACAGGCCAAGUUAUUUCCUUUUAAAAGGAGAAAGAUCAAUGCACCUGUUGCUCCCAAAGCCUCCAGAGUUACCGAACUGGAGAUUGAGUUGGCUAAUGUUCAAAGUGAAGUGGCGUGUCUGAAGACUGAAAAAGAGGCGAUGUCUGAUCAACUCAAUGCUCUUCUUAUGCAGCUUGGCCAGAAAGAUAAGGAGAUCUCUGUACUUCAAGCGAAUAAACAGGCUUUGGAGUCGCAGCUGACUGAGCUGGAAAGACACAAAGAGAAGUUUGUGACUGAUCAGACCAACAUAGUCUCCCCUGAUAAUAAAGAACAGGAGAGCGGAGAAGAACAGGAGAAUGUUGAUGAACAAGAGGAGGCUGAGUAUGACAUGUCUUUUCUGCAGCAAAGAAAGAAGUUUGUGACUGAUCGGACUAACAUAGUCUACUCUGAUAAUGAAGAACAGGAGAACGACUAUGAACAAGAGGAGGAGGUUGAAGCCCAAAGUGUUGCUGACCCUGAUGAGCCUAAUAUAUUUGUUGGACCUGAGUUGAAUGAGCGAACCAGUUCAAAGGUUGAGCUUGAUGCCAAGGAGCCAGAGAAACCGUCUCAAGCACAAGUUGAAUUAUGUGUUGCAAUUAAAUUGGCUAUUACUGAUGCUGCAGCCCAUAUAGCUACAAUGGCAAGAGAUACUCUUAAUUGUUCGCCUGUGUUUACUUAUAAUUUAAUGCUUCUUCAAGUACUGUCCUUAAACUUGUUUCCUGACUGCUCCGAAUCCAAGAAAGCCUUUGAAUCCAUACCGAAGGUGCUCAAUUCUGCUAUGCUUUCACUGCACUUGAUUUGUACUGGGAUUCCACUAUUAGAUGCAGAUGGAGUUCAGAAAAAUAUUUUGUUUUGCAGUAUUGACAUUGUCAUUGGAGGACUGCAAGGGUUCUUUUCUGCCUUUCGUAUUAUGUCUCUCCUUCAAGAAGAUCAACUCCUCUCAAAAGCUCUUAAGCAACUUGAGGAGAAGGAUGUCUCUGUUGACAGCCUACGCCAGAAGGAGGAGGAAAUGCGAAAAAUGGCCGAAGAAGCCAAAGCAGAUUGGGAUGUAACAGUAAUGGAGUUGAGGGAAAAGACAGUAGAUAUAGAGAGAGCGAUGCAGUGGAAGGAAGAGAAUGAUAUUUUAGUGGCCGGAUUAUGCCAGGAGGGGGAAAUGCGGAGUGUAGCAGAACAAGCUCAGGUAAAGCAAGCACAAGCAGAGUCUGCCUUAAAAGUAAUGCAGUUGAAGGAGGAGAGAAUGCGGAGUGUAGCAGAGCAAGCUCAGGCAAAGCUAGCACAAGCAGAAUCUGCCUUGAAAGUAAUGCAGUUGAAGGAGGAGCAAAUGCGAAGUGUAGCAGAGAAAGCUCAGGUAAAGCUAGCACAAGCAGAGUCUGCCUUAAAAGUAAUGCAGUUGAAGGAGGAGGAAAUGCAGAGUGUAGCAGAGCAAGCUCAAGCAGAGUCUGGCUUAAGAGUAAUGCAGUUGAAAGAAAAGACCAUUGCAGGCACUGUUGAAGAGACUAAGAAAGAGAUUCGGGAGAGCUUGACAAAGCAAUUUCAGGAUAUUUUGAGCAGGCUAGGGUGAUUUAGUAGGCCGGUUCUGAUGAUCUUUUUUUAACAGCUGCUGAAUAUUACAGGAACUAACAAGUUAAUCUUUGUUUUUUUUUUUGAAGGUCACAGAGCUGUAGUUGUUGAUGUGUAAUUGGUUCUAACCUGUUAAGAAAUCCUCCUAUGAUUGUCCUCUGGACAGACUUGCUUCAUGUUAAGACAGAUCAGAUAGUGUAAACACUUGGUUAAUCAUUUUAAUUUGUUAUUCUUUAAUGUUGUACUAGA